AUGGAAAGCGUCGAAGAUCACGAUACAUACCCUCAAGAGGUCUCUGAAGCAGUCAUGGACGAGAUCCGAACGAGAAUUGGAGAACCAUCGGAGACGAACAAUGUCCAAAGCGAUCACGGCACAUUGACAAACGAUCAAGUCGCAGAUUUCUUCGACUUCUUCGAAAACUUGGUCGAAGAGUCGUUUGAAUUCUUUAAAGAACUUGAGAUGGAGCGGGAGCCGCCCAUUCCGCAGAGCACUUCCAGGAAGCGGUCGCACGACGAGAUGGAAGACCAACACGCGGAACCGAAUCCCGCAUCGGACGACCAGACGAUCGAUUCCCUGUCCAGGGAGAUUUCCGAGCUGCGCGACGAGGUCGUGGAAACCAUCUCCGGGAGCGUGGACAGAGCGACCAGAUUCCUCGCCGUUUCGCAAGCCGCCAAGAAUGCCAGUUGGCGUAUGGGACAAGCCCGCCAGGCGUCAGCUCUCCUACACGCCCAACUUCUCGGAGAGAUGCCGUAUAAUCCCGUCAAGAGGCGGAGAACGACUGUCGGUCCGGACGACGCGGGCAUGCUCGCUCGGCUGGGUCCCGGCCGCGGGGCUUCUGGGCCUCCGCGGCGAUCUGACGUUUAUCGGUUCUUGGACUUUGGAGAUGCUUCGUCUUUCCCUGAGCCGUCGAUGUACGACUUCAUGGCUGAUAGUCUUAAUUGGUUGAAUCCGAUCCCUCAGGAGUAUGUUGGCGCUUGGGAGAACAUAGAACACGGCGCAUUGGCCGAGUCUUUCCACCAAUAUGAGCUGGGGAAUGGCUGGUUCGAGGCGGAGAGGGACUUUCAGGACAUCAGCAUGGGGUUCAAUGUCGCUCGUAGGAGUCCUGUUGAGGUGUUGUGGCCAGGCGUAUUACCAGCUGGCUAUGGAUUGGAUGGGAUAUUCGAUACAUGA